CUACGCGACGCAGCCGCAGAGACAAUCUCGAUACUACCCACCAUCGUCUCGCAGCUUCCUGCCUCCAUAGACCCGGAAGCAGCCUCCAUCCACCACUUCAAAGACCUAGCUCCCUUACGGCCAGAAGAUUGUCCGGGCUUCGAACUUCCAGCCGGGGAAUCCGUAACCAAACGAAAAGGGACGAGAAUCCGCGUCCUCGACCAAGACAGCUUCGAUGCGGCCCUAGACCUACAGCCGGGAAUUACAGCGCGCUCACUCCUGCCCGCCCCAUUGAGCACAACCUCAAACGACGACGACCAAACCAAAUCCGCCCACCCCUCCACAUCGCCGACCAACACUCCCACUCCCCCUCCCCCGAUCCCCAAACCCGUGGCCCUCCUCAACCUAGCCAACGCUUACCACCCGGGUGGCGGCUGGCUCAAUGGCGCCCUCGCCCAAGAAGAAGCCCUCUGCUACCGCUCCACCCUCUCCCUCUCCCUCCACAAAAACCUCUACCCCAUCCCCCUCCUCUCCGCCCUCUACACCCCACACGUCCUCGUCAUCCGCUCCGCCCUCUCCGCCGGCCACUCCCUCCUCCUCCCCACCCCACCCGGAACCCCCAUCACCCAACCCCAAGGCACCUUCCGCCCCGCCGACGCCGAAAUCACGCGCUACAAGAUCCGCACCGUCCUGCGCCUGGCUGCGAGCAAGGGCCACACGAAACUCGUCCUCGGCGCCCUGGGCUGCGGCGCGUUCAACAAUCCGCCCGACGAGGUGGCGCACAUGUUCGCCGAGGUCCUGAGGGAGGAGGAGUUUGCUGGCGGGUGGUGGGAGGACGUUGUGUUUGCCGUUAUGGAUAAUGCGAGGAAGGGGGAGGGGGGCAGGCAGGGGGAUGGGAAUUUCGGUAUCUUUUGGAGGGCGUUGGAUGGGUUGGUGGUAUGA